GACCUUCCCCCUCAUUCCACCGCCACCACAACAACAAGGAAGGAUUAAGCUAGCAGGCUAACACGCGGCCAGAAAAAAUUGCUAACCACACCGGGAAGUCCAGCCACCGGAGACCGGGAAAAGUAGCAAAAUAUCAGUAUCGGUAUCAAGCGAAUAGACUCCGCUUCCCAUUCCGUAGCCUCUGUGCGGAUGGGAAGCAGUUAGCUGGUGUGGAGCCGAACAGGGAAGCAGGCGACGGUGUGUUAAAAUGGAGGAUGAGGAGGUUGCAGAGAGCUGGGAAGAAGCGGCGGACAGCGGGGAAAUCGAGAGAAGACUCGAGGCAAAGCUGAAAAUAAAUCAGCAGGCAAAGAAGUCCACUUCAAGUUCACCCGUGAGAACCGCCAUCGUGAUCCAGGACUCAUCUCUUCCUGCAGCACCGCCACCGCAAAUUCGAAUUUUAAAACGUCCGUCAAAUAACGGCACUGCGGGGAAUGCCGCGUCUUCAUCUCGACCUUCCCAGCAGAUGAAGUCUUUGGCGCAACGUGAGGCCGAGUACGCCGAGGCCCGGCGGAGGAUUCUGGGUAGUGCUUCAUCGGAGGAGACCCCUCAGGACAACCCAUGCCAAGACAGGUCAGUUCGUAUGACGACGCAGCAAGCAGCCUCGGAAGCAGUUCGCCCCAACAAUCACGCCAUCCGCCAGCCCACCGGCCCCGACGGCACCUCCGGUUUCCGACUUUGCAGAUAAAACAGAGCUGCUUGCUUUCUAAGCGGUCAAAUGAAGAGCAGCGAAAAGGAGGGGCGAAGAGCAGAGCGGCAACGUGAAGAUAUACACAAUGAACUUGUCCACACGCUCUGCGCUCGGCCGAUACGGUCUUUGGUCUCUGCCUCAUUUUAUCCCUCCAUGGAACGAUGAGAGGGGUUGGCAGAGAUUUGCAGCGUACCCCCCCCACAAUCCUACCACUUCCACACUGUGAAGGAGGCUUUUUUUUGCCUAGCAUCCCUAAACACUGUGAUACUUUGCUAUACCACGAGGUGCCCUUUGAAUGCUACACCCGUGGAGAGGUGAGUGUGCGGGCUUGUCGGGUGUCGGUCCCUUCGAGGUGAAUUCGGCGAGCCGCGGGAACGUCCCAUCGGAGCCGGGCUUCCCGCUCAUCACGCAAGUUGAAAGGGGGAGUCGGCCAAGGGUUGAGCGACCGGAAUACAAGGCGGGUCAUCCUGGUGUCACACUUUGAGGUGUAGUUCUAACACGUUAGGGGCCCGAAACUGCACCCCGCAGCCUGCAGGCCGCCACCGGGUGCUGGGGGCUGCCGAAAUGUCACUGCAGCCCUUUGCCGAAUAUAAGGUUAGCGUUUCAUUCACAUUCAAGCAAUAACAAAUUUAUUUCAUCACCCCGUUUUCUGUGUUCAAAUGUGGACUUUUAUUUUGGAGGACUGUUUAAACAUCAAAGUAGUCAAUUUAAUCGCAAAUACUGUAGACUAGGGGUCUCAAACUCAAUUUAUUUGGGGGCCACUGGCGCUAGGGUCUGGGUGAGACUGGGCCGCAUCAGGUUUUCCAAAAAAAAACAAAAAAACAAACUCAUUUAUUAAAAACAGAAAAAUUAAUAAACUUUGCUUUGGUUUCAAUUUUCUACAAUAAAAGCUCUGAUAAAACAUUCCACUGUUCUCAAAUAUCUUAAUUUGGAUUUUUCUACACAAAAUAAGAUGAAAAAUAAAUAAAUCAAGAAUAAAGAAAAUCAAACAAUCAGUAAUAAAUAAAGAAAUAUAAUAAUAAUAAAACGGCAAAUAAUAAAAACCUAAGAAACCACAUAUAGUUGGUUGGUAGACAAAUUAUUUUUUUCAAAUUAAAAUUAACAAAGUAUUAUUAGAGCCCUGUAGACAUUGUCUUAAAUGUUCCUGUUUUAGAAAAUGAAACAAACGUAUCACUCGGAUACUGUGAACAUCCAGCAGCAACACGACGUUUUGGCUUGACUGCUAUUUUGAUGAAAAAUAUACUGAACCAAGUCGACCAUGUUUACUCUGAUUUAGCGGAUUACGUCACUUCAUGCCACCCCCCAUCUCCCCCCCAAGUCAAGCCAAAACGUCGUGUUGCUGCUGGAUGUUCACAGUAUAAAUGGGGUGCAUUAGCUGAAAUGUCCAAAAUUAUUUCAGGCAUGAACGACAAAAGUAAUUUUUCAAAUUUACCAUUCGCUUUCAAAAUUUGCAAAUGAUGGAUAACAUAUUUAAGCUAAGUUGAUAAAUCAUGUCAAGGGGACCCUUUAAGUGCCUGCAAUGUAUUAGCUUUUCAAAAGUAAACAAAGUGUCGUCCCGUGAAAAUAUAUCUGUGCUAUAUUUGCAGUAAAAUUAAUAAAUUCAUGUAGAAGUUCAGACAUUUCAUACGAAAAUAAUUUUUUUUGCCAUCACUUAAUUCAUGCAAACUUUUAUGACUCUGCCUCUUAAAAGCAUCGGAUUUGAAAGUAGUUAGGAACCGGAAUCGUUCAAAUUCUCGAUGGCUAACUCCAAUGAUCGUACGCCAGGGCUGGGAAAUUAUUCUGAAAAGUGACUUUUUUUUUGUUGCCUAAGCAACCCGAGAACGGAAAAAAAAUAUUUUCAUUAUGAGGAUUCUUUAGGAAUAUAGUCGUUUUUUUUUUACACUAUUACGCAAUUUUACACUUACGGUAUUCUAAUCAGCUAGUCAUUCAGAGCAUUAAAAUGACAUUUUUUACCCCUAUAAUUUAAUUAAAUUUUUACUUUUCACACACUUUUGCCUUAAAUCUUUAAACCACAAAGACGUGUGUUGUUUUUUUUUUUUUUUUAAGAAGCAUGUAAUGAUAAUGCUUGUCUUGGAAACAUUACUAAAAAAUAAAUCAUUGCUACAACACUUUUAGAGAACCUAGUACAGUAAACCUCGCAUAUAUCAGAUUCAAUUGUUCCCACUGGUUUUGUCCGAUAUAAGCGAAAUCCAUUAUAUGCGUAUACCGGAAAAUGUCCGUUUUACGCAUAUAUGGGAUUUAUAUCCGGUAUAUGCGUACAUGGGAUUUUAUCCGUUAUAAAAAGGCACUUCCUUGACUAUGUUUCCAAUGUACCUGGACGCGCAGGCAACGCUGCAAACGCUGCAAAUGACGUCGUAUAGCGGCCUGUCACGAUUCGGCGAAUCGGAGCGCCACGAUGCGGCCAUCCGAUAUAUGCCAGGGAAAUUUCAUGGAAAUGCAUUGGAACGGGACUGGAGAUUUUGUCCGAAAUAGGCGAAAUCCGUUAUAAAAAAUCCGAUAUAUGCAAUGAAUUUUUAUUGGAAAUGCAUUACAGAAAAAUCGCUUCUUUUUUAUCUGUGCGUUGUGAGCGAAUUUCCGAUAUAUCCGAGUCCGAUAUAUCCGAGGUUUACUGUAUAUUUUGUAAAUUGCUGUGAUAGAAUCCAUCCUUUUGUUUUGAUGCUUAUUUUGCACUGAACAGGAAGUCAUUGUGUCAUUGUUUAAUGUCGUGUAAGUUAUGUUUUUGGCGACAUAAACUGACCCAUUUGGGUUUGAGAUUUUAACGUCGACAAAUGCCGGAACUUUAACAUGUUGGACUGGAAGUUGCUGAGCUGGUCAACAUAAACGGGUUCCACUGUAUCCCUUUUUUUUUGGUAUUGUGCAAUUCCUGAUCACUGGUUUUGUCCGAUAUAAGCGAAAUCAGUUAUAUGCGUAUACCGGAAAAUGUCCGUUUGACGCAUAUAUCGGAUUUAUAUCCGGUAUAUUCGGCGAAUCGGGAGCGCCACGAUGCGGCCAUCCGAUAUAUGCGAGGGAAAUUUCAUGGAAAUGCAUUGGAACGGGGGCGGCACGGUGGUCUAGUGGUUAGUGCGCAGACCUCACAGCUAGGAGACCAGGGUUCAAUCCCACCCUCGGGCAUCUCUGUGUGGAGUUUGCAUGUUCUCCCCGUGCAUGCGUGGGUUUUCUCCGGGUACUCCGGUUUCCUCCCACAUUCCAAAAAAACAUGCUAGGUUAAUUAGCGACUCCAAAUUGUCCAUAGGUAUGAAUGUGAGUGUGAAUGGUUGUUUGUCUAUAUGUGCCCUGUGAUUGGCUGGCGACCAGUCUAGGUGUACCCCGCCUUACGCCCAAAGACAGCUGGGAUAGGCUCCAGCACCCCCCGCGACCCUUGUGAGGAAAAGCGGUAGAAAAUGAAUGAAUGCAUUGGAACGGGACUGGAGAUUUUGUCCGAAAUAGGCGAAAUCCGUUAUAAAAAAUCCGAUAUAUGCAAUGAAUUUUUAUUGGAAAUGCAUUACAGAAAAAUCGGUUCUUUUCUUAUCUGUCCGUUGUGAGCGAAUUUCCGAUAUAUCCGAGUCCGAUAUAUCCGAGGUUUACUGUAGUUGGAAUAAAACAUUCAAUUUGUCAGUCCAAAUCACUUUCUUUAUUUGGUUCUUUUACACAAACGAAUCAUGACAUUAAUGUAAACAAUAAAAUAAAUUAAUGUUUGGAUUGUAGAAUCACCUGGUAAAUUAGUAUUUCAGUGUAAUUUGUAUUUUAAUUAAGAUAGCAGCAACACACACACACACACACACCUGGGAAAGGUUAUAUAGCAUAUGCUACUGAGGCUCUGUUGGUAUUAAAAAAAUCCUCAGGGUCGUAUAUUCAUGACUACUAAUACUUGCAUGUAAACAUUCAACUUUGCGUAGGGGCACAGAUGACGCCAUGCAAUGACACGGAAUUCAAUCAAUGAACUUCAAUUAAGAGUAUCGACCACGUGCAUAAAUAUUGUGUAACUAUUUCAUCUGCUCAUGACGCUCACUUUUAUUCCAGUUGGACCGCAGUAGUUUGGGGCUUUGUUGAUGUCAUAUUUAGAAUCAUGGAGAAGCAGAUGGAAAAAAAAUCCCUUUAAUAAAACUACCAUGAAAUAA